AUGGCUACAUACAACUUCAUCUACUUUGCAUCAGCUUCAACGGUAAUAUUUUACAACAAAUGUAAACACACAGUGUGGCCAGGAAUCAAACCUAGCGCCGGCGAAAAAUUACUAGCCGGCGGUGGAUUUGAGCUUCCGGCCAAUAAAUCCCAUACCAUUCAACUCCCACCAUUAUGGUCCGGGGCUUUUUGGGGUCGCCACGGUUGCACCUUCAACAAAUACGGCCAUGGUCGCUGCACCACGGGCGAUUGCGGUGGUUAUCUCUCAUGCAAUGGAUCAGGUGGUUCACCUCCGGCCACUUUGGCCGAGUUCACCCUCGGCCCACUAGACUUCUAUGACGUUAGCCUCGUCGACGGUUAUAACAUGGCGAUAUCGAUAAAGCCGGUGAAGGGUUCAGGCAAUUGCAGCUACGUUGGUUGUGUAAGUGACUUAAACCAGAUGUGUCCGGUUGGGUUGCAAGUCAUGUCACGUAACGGGAAACGUGUGGUAGCAUGUAAAAGUGCUUGCUCUGUCUUUAAAUUACCAAAGUAUUGUUGCACCGGCUUGUUCGGUAACCCAAUAUCUUGCAAACCAACGGCUUACUCCAAAAUCUUCAAAACCGCUUGCCCUACAGCUUACUCUUACGCUUACGACGACCCAACCAGUAUCUUCACUUGUUCCAAGGCUAACUACAUCGUCACCUUUUGCUCUCACCAUCGUCGUUGA